AUGCUCUAUAUGCAGUCCCUUGAAUCGACCUUGCGAAAAAUCGAAGAAAAAAAUUCUGAAGUGAAAAAUACCGUCCUUACCCAUCAUUCAAGCUUAUUUGUGACGCCCUUUUCUCGCUCCUCAGUCGAAUUUUAUAUUCCAGUUGAUAUGAUUCGUACCUCAGUUCGUUCAUACUCGAAUAAGGCCAGUCCUGGAUUUCUUUCGGACCUUUUGGCUAGAAUAGACUCCAUUCCUGAGCGAGUAGCCCAAAGGAAACAAGAAAAUCUCGAAAAUGCAACAAAAAGGUUGAACAAAGAGUCAGCCAAGUCAAAUAAUAAUAGUAGUCCUACUAGUAACACCAGCCCUUCAAACUACUCAAGAUCUAAGAAUAUAAGAAUUAACGUGGCGGACCACCCACUUGCUCUCUUUAACGACUCUAAUCGCUCUAAUUUCAACAGAUCUAGAAGAGCCAACAGUAAUAAUUUCAACGGUGGACAAAGGCCACAGGGUAAUGGAUCAAGACCUUCCAAUAAUAAACCUUUCCAAAGAAAGUCAACUACUCCUAGAAGAAUUGUUUCCUCUGAUAAACGAGUUAGAGAGCAAAGAAAAGACCACACUAAGAAAAUCGAAUACGGCCCAAGUCAACCAACUCUAACCCCAGCUGACCUUUUCUACAGUAGAUCUUCUAAGUUGAGUCACUUUACUGGUGCCAGAAUAGCUUCUGUCUCAAAAGAAUUACUCGAGGAAUCAAAGUAUCCAUAUAACUUCCCUCAAGAAGUUGUGCAAAACUCACCAAAGCACGCUGUCAACCUGUUCCUUCUCAACAAUAAGUACGAUGAUCAAGUUGUAAGCAACGAGAACGUAAAGAACAAGGUUGAAUCAAUCGUUCUUGGAAGAGUCAGAGAACUCAACUCGAGAGAAAAUCAGAUUCCAAAGGGUCUUAAAGCACACGCAUUGUUUGCAAGAAGGGCCAUACUGUUGAAUCCUACUUUAUCUUUAGGCGAACAACAAAGGCUUUACGAUGUUGUCAGUGGAGUUAAGACACCCUCCUCUCUUGUUGAAGGAUGUCACUGGGUAAAAAAGUAG